AUGGCUGCGCUCAGGUGUCGAGUGUUAUCUGGUCGUCUAACGACUUGCUUCUUUAAACAGGCGACUACAGCGGGCAUUUCCACACUAACCUCUGGUUCGACGCGACAAAGGUAUGUUGUGCAGAAAUCAUAUGUUCAGUUGGUCAAAGGAAGCAGAGGUUCUUUGGUCCAGGCUCUAUUGGGAUGUCAUAACAAUGGACGGGUAUUCUUGGUCAGUGCCAUGGCAGUUCGACAUAACAGCUCACAGACUACAGAUGCAGUACCUUCUUCAGCGAGUGAAACAGUACCCAUUAUCAAUUCAUCAGCAGAAUCUGCUCCUUUAUCUGCUGCAGAAUCGACCCCUGUCCAUGAUCCUUCUCCGGUAGUCAUACAGCCAGUCACAGAACAAGUGACUGAGGCUCCUGUCUUGGCAAUGGAUGUCCUGCAAGAGGCAGCAACAGAAGUCAGUCUUUCAGAGUUGGGACUGGGCAGCUAUACACCUGUAGGUCUGAUUCAGAACCUAUUGGAGUUCAUGCAUGUCAGCAUUGGGAUGCCAUGGUGGAGCGCUAUAGUUGUAGGUACCAUCAUAGCUCGCUGUGCAGUGUUCCCAGUCAUUGUAAAGGGCCAGAGAGAGGCAGCCAAGCUAAACAACGUCAUGCCAGAGAUGACCAAGCUCACCAGUCGCAUGAAUGAGGCCAAGCAGAGUGGCAACAAGUUUGACUUCUCAAAGGCAUAUUCUGACAUGAUGAUGUUCCAGAAGAAGCAUGAUGUAAAUCCCCUUCGUGGAUUUCUAGUGCCCUUGGUCCAGGCACCGAUCUUUAUCUCGUUCUUCAUUGCUCUGCGUAAAAUGUCUUAUGCCCCCGUACCCAGUAUGCAGACUGGUGGAUUGUGGUGGUUUGCAGAUUUAACAGCAGCAGAUCCAUAUUUUAUUCUUCCACUUGCAGUCACAGGGACUAUGUUUGCCAUCUUGGAGUUGGGAGCAGAGUCUGGAGUAGACAACCCUAAUCUAAAAGCAAUGAAGACUGUUUUCAGAAUUAUGCCAUUUGUUAUUUUACCAAUGACCAUUAAUUUUCCCACGGCCAUCUUUACAUAUUGGAUGACCUCAAACCUCUUCUCGCUGGGUCAGGUUGCCCUGCUGAGGCAUCCAGCAGUGAGGAGUAAGCUUAAUAUACCACUGCGCAUCACACACGCCCCCUCAGCCUUGCCUCCCAAUGAGGGCCUCAUUGAAAGUGUUCGAAAAGGUUGGAAGAACGCCCAGUUGGCACACCAGCUACAGGAGAGAGAGAGGAGGAUUAAUAACCAUCUGGACAUUGCAGCUAAAGGUCCACUAAGGCAGACAUUUGCCCACAAUCCUCUGCAGCAGUCAGCAGCAUCUAUGUCAACAGGAAAAUCCACCAACCCUAAACAAGUACAGCAGCAAAAGGGUGGGAAGAAGAGGCCAUGGGAGGAGACAAUUGGCUAAAAAGUAACUACCAGGUAGAUAGUUUUUAGACUAGUUUGUAUAUAUUUAUUAAAGGACUAUUUAAGUAAUACUGAGGAGAAAAAAAGAGUGCUGAGGCACACAGUGUAAUCGUUGUUAAAGGUAUUGUAAUUAAAGAAGAAAGUCCAGAGCUGAUUCUUGUUUGGUUGACUAAUACGAAAGUAAAAACUUAAACAGUUUUAAUAA